UAAAGGACCUUGAGGAACGGCCAUUAAUCAUUAUUGUGUUAUAAAACAGUUCACCUGUGGUUGUAGGUCAGACAAUACUGCAAUAGUUCAUUGUUUUUGGACAAAUCACACUAAGUUGAUGGCAAACCACUGGCAGCAGAGAGAGUCGUACCACUGGGGUCCUGAUAAAUACAGGGAUGAAACAUUAUAGGUUUGUUUUGAGAGUUUUGCUGUGUUCACCAGCAAGUCUCUAACUUGGCCUGUGCACUGUUUGUAGCUGUGUAGGUAAUGUACUGAUCACACUGACCCUGUCGUCUGAUUGUGAUCUAAUAAAAAACAUGUACAUCCAAUCACAGUUUUAAUCAAUGGCCAGAAUUAAGCUUAACCUGGUAGGUAGAUAAAUGGUUGCAAAGACCCUGUCACUGUUAAAAGCUUGAUGCAAUAUUCAGUUAAGUACAAAGGAGCAGUGGUUGAUAUCUUGUGUCACCUCUUUAGGCCAAACUUCAAAUUCAAACUUUAAGGGAGACAUUUACAAAGUUUGGCUUUAAUAAACUUCUAAAAUAAUCAAAAAUCCUCAUAUUUAGCUUCAUUUCUAUUUUUCUGAAGUCUGGUAACGGGUAACCAUGUCUUUAAAAUACCUGAAUCCCCCUGAGCAUAUAUAAGAUCUUCCCAUCCUGACAACAUGACAUGAAGCAUCAUGAAAAAUCUUAAAACUCUUGAUUAAGACACAUUUAACUGCAACUGCUCUUGUGAAGCUCAAAGUCAAGAACCUCAGAAUUGUAAUGUAACCUGUAGAGGGAUUUUUAUGAAGACGACCCCUGAAUUCUUCUGUAAUCGUGUUUCCAACCGCGUCUCCUUCAGUUAAUGUGCAACAAGUGGAUGUGUCCUCUGCUGUAAUUUGAAGGAAAUCAUUUUACGAUGUCCCGUUACAGUGGCAUGCUUGGUCAGAUUAAAGUCCAGCUGUUAUCUCUGUGAAAGGGAGAACAGGUCAGAGUCGACUAUGAAGGUGUCUCCAGGUUGAGUUGGAAUCUGCAGACUCAUCUGGAGGAAGAGGGACGAAGAUGUCAGAGCGGGGGAGCGCAGCGCUGCUCCUGGUGCUGAUCCUGCACUGGGUUGCUGAUUCUCAGGUUCAGUCGUGUCAGACCCCUGAGGGGAAAUGUGACUUUGUGUGUGACUGUGAGGACUGCAGCGACGAGCAGAACUGUGGCUACUCUGGGAAAUUGUUUGAGUGUGGAUUUGAGGAUGCAGCCCAGUGUGGAUGGACCGACCGCUCCGUCAAUGAAGCGUACAGCUGGGGGAGACACCAGGGAGGAGGCGGCCUGCCGGCCAGCGGGCCAUCCUCUGACUACACCACCGGGAUGGCUACAGGCUGGUUUAUGGGAGUGAGCGCUGUGAAGUCCGAGUCCAUCAGAACUGCAGUUCUAGUUUCUCCAGAGAUGAGACAGUCUUCAGCAACAUGUCGUCUCCGUCUCAGAUAUUUCCUCUGGGACUCAGGUCACACAGGUCUGGGCUCCACACCGCUGUGGGCAUCCGUCCUUCACUCAGAUUCUUCAGAGGCCACAGUGUGGCGUCCUGAGGCCACCAGUGUCCGCGGCUGGAGGGAGGCGACCAUCUUCUUGGGCCGUAUUCCCACAAGCUUCCAAAUCCAUCUUCACUCACGGCGGUCAGAGGGGCAGAAAGGAGACGUGGCCAUCGACCAGCUGGAGUUUCUGGACUGUGCUCUGCCCUUGCCAUUGCCUGGUAAAGAAUGCCCAGCUGAGAUGGUGAAGUGUAAGAACGAGGCCUGUGUGGAGCAGCGGCAGGUCUGUGACGGCAGCGACGACUGUGGUGACGGGAGUGAUGAGCAGAUCUGUGAGGGCUUCCAGCUGUGUGACUUUGAGGACGGCCUGUGUGAUUGGGACCUGAGGUCCUUGUCCCCACUGAAAUGGGUGCGGACGAAUCAGGAGAACAUUUCCGUCUCGGAUCCUCUGAGAGGUCCAGGCAGGGAUCACUCCACCAACAGUGCAGCAGGUUCCUUCCUAUACGUCACUGUCCCCGAGGGUGGUCUCUCAAAGGACUGGGCCUCUUUUCAAAGUCGUCUCCUUGAUCCCACCAAUAGUUCACAUCCUUGCAAGAUGGUGAUGUACACGCACCAGUUUGGGCCGAGGUCUGGCGGUCUGACGGUGCUGGUCGCUGAGACAAAGAUCUACCCAGUGUGGGAGCGAGGCGGCGCCCUGGGUGAUGUCUGGGUGAAGGCAGAGGUGGAGAUUGUCACUAGCUCCCCUUUCCAGAUUUUAAUAAUGGCAGCAAUCAGAGACUUUGCAUAUGGAGGUAUCGCUGUCGACAGCAUCACGUUGUCCCCUGAGUGCCGCAGAUCAUCUGGAAACUACACCGUCCCAAAAUUCCCAGAUUCUCCUGGAAACCCGUGUGCUGAACCCGACAAGAUUUGUGAUUUUAACCCAGACUGUCCGGGAGCAGAGGAUGAGGCCAAAUGUGGGGAUUUCUCCUCCGCUGGGGGCAGCUCCGGCUGGACUGACUCCAGCAUCGGGAGUCAAGGUUGGGUGCUACAUCAGAAUUCCACAUCCAAAGAGGAGUUCCUGUAUGUGGCCCAGGCCCCCGGCCAGCAGCUGACUGAGGCCCAGACUCGGACCCCCCUGCUGGGACCCUCUGGCCCAGCCUGCUCCCUCAGCUUUGAUUUUGCAUUAACUGGAAAUCCAGCUCACAUUGGUGUGCUGUCUGUCAGGGUGAUUGACAGCUUGCUGGGCUCGCAGCCGGAAAUGUGGGAGUUCGCUGGAAAGACGGGAGCAGGGGAGGGGGCGUGGCAGAAUGCCAGCGUAACUGUUGGAGCCAGGAAACAUCGCUUCCAGCUGGUGUUUGAGGCUCGUGCUGUGAAAAUGUGUCCGUGCUCCAAGAUUAAAGUGACGAACGUUCGCUUCGUCGACUGUCACGCAGCUUAUUUCCCAUCUUCUCCAACCGGUGAUUCUCAUAUUCACAUUACUGCACAAUCCACAUGUUCAUAAUUAAUCUACAAAUCUCUGAUGGAUUCUUCUUUCCUUUUGUUUUUGUCCGCACUGUCAUGUAACUUUGAAGAAGGACUGUGUGGAUGGUAUCAGGACAACAGUGACAACUUUGACUGGACGGUGCACAGCGGGAUGGACCACACCAUCGGGAUCGGUAGAAGCCUCGUGGUGGACAUGUGGAAUCCUUCUCUGCGCGGUUUGUUCGGACGCUUGGUUUCCUUUACGCAGACGCCCGGUCAAACAGAAUACUGCCUGUCCUUCUACUACAAGCUGUACGGACCCAACACAGGUGGUCUUAAUGUAAAGCUGCUGGAUGACCACGGGUAUGAAACCAUCCUCUGGACCCGCAGUGGAGCUCACGGCAACAUGUGGCACGAAGGACAAUGUCCGGUACCGCACCAACUAACAAGCUUCCGGCUGAUGUUUGAAGCCAUUCGAUCCGGCUUUGACGGGCAGGUGGCCAUCGACGACGUGGCGUUCGUGGCCCGUCCGUGCUCCGUGCCCAGGAUGUGUUCCUUCGAAGGCCAGCGCUGCGGCUACAGCAGCUCGGGUCAAGCUCAGUGGCUCCACCGCAGCGGAAGCAGCGCCUCGACGGGCGGGCCCAAAACCGACCACACCCUGGAGACCGACCUCGGUUUCUACAUGAUGGUGAACACCAGAUCCGGCAUUCUUCCCUCGGGCGGCAAGGCGGUCCUCACCUCCCCCGUUCGUCAAGGAGCCACCAAGACCGAGUGUGUGAACUUCUGGUACCACAUGGGGGGAGCGUAUCCUGGUUCUCUGACGGUGUACAUGAAGCCGGCGAAGGGAGAGAGGGUGGAGAUCUUCUCCAACAGUCUGGAUCAAGGGGACGUUUGGCGCCAUGGCAUCGGCAACAUCUCCAGCACCCUGGUGGACUGGCAGCUGGAGUUCGAGGUGAUCGGAGCUGGAGGCAGAGACACUCACGUUGCAGUGGAUGACAUCUUCAUUUCAGCUCACCCGUGUGACACUCAAGGCUCUAAGUGCAGUAUGGAGAGAGGGAUGUGCAGCUGGAGCAACACACACAACGUUAAAGUAGACAAACUGGACUGGGAGCUGACGAGUCCUGAGACGGAGAAGCACUACUCCACCCCGACUGAAGAUCACACUCUGGGCACAGAGAGAGGUCACUUCCUGUUCUUUCCAAGCAGCGAUCGGACGGCAGCCAAUGAAAAUGCUCAGCUGCUGAGCCCUCACCUGCCCCCGACCAAGGGCACCUGCCUGAAAUUCUGGGUUUUCAAACCUUUCUCAUCGGACAACCAGCUGAGGGUGUCCAGGAUGUCUGAGGGUCUUCUGAAGGAGCUGCUGGUGGUAGACGAAGUGGGAGGCCCGUGGAGACGCUUCGACCUCGACAUCACGUCUACUGAGGAGUACCAGAUUGUGUUUGAAGGAAUCAAAGGCACUCUAGGCUUCAUCGCUCUGGAUGACAUUGAAUACACCAUCGGGAUCAACUGUGCUAAAACAAAUACAGACACGUCCUCACAGAAACGAAACGACGCCGGAGGGAUCGCAGCAUCCGUCAUCGUGGUCCUGCUGAUGAUCGGCACUCUGCUCGCUCUGCUGGUUUACUGCCUGCGAACUCGCCAGAAGUUUGAGGCCGCGGCCGGUCGAUCCUCAUUCUCCACAGGCAGGGCUGGAUUCGGAAAUGACACGUAUGAACCAGACCUCAAUGAAGACCGUGUGAUAGUGGCACCUAUUCAAAACCAUCCAAUGGCCGCUGGGUUCAAUAACGUCACUUUCUCUGCGGAUGACAGAGAGAGGGAGGUGGCGUAAGGCCGGUGCGGAGGUCGUCCUGCCGCCCAAAGGUGGCUUCGUGAAAAUGAGGGGAUAUCACAGCAGAAGAACUGCUUGUGUCGCCCUUACAUAACAAACACACACACUUACACACACACACACACACAGUCACACAAACACACACACACACACUAACACACACUCGAGGCUCGCAGCUCUCUGCCUGUCGAUGGACAGAUGGAGGUCAGAAUGAAGACUUCAGAUGUGUUGUGGAUGGAAAUUUGUUUUAAAUUUCUUUAAAAUCGAGAUUGGGCGUAACCCACGAUGGCAGAUAUGACGUGUGCGGAGGUUCCCAGAGAGCCAGGUUAAAUGCAACAUGUCUGAAUCAUGUUGGUCUGGUUUCUGAAGAGUUUAGCAGGUUGAGCUCCUCUCUCGUGGCUGAAGUGACGUGUCAGUCAAUUGUCUGCGCAAUUUCUACUCAGCCUGUGAAACCAGUUGUAUCGUGUUUUCUGUGGCUCUGGAGAUUCUCUGUAAAAGGAAACUAGCUCAGAAAUCUCAGCUUUACAGGAGACAGCCAUGGACUUCCGGUAGAGAGUUAUAAAGGUUUGAAUUUUACACGGCAGAGAGAAUCUAAUGAAAGACUUGAUCAAGUUGUGUUAUGGGAGGAGAGCUUGUCUGGCACUUUCAUAGAAGGACAAAGCUAAAUGAGUGAUGUGUCCCUUUGCAGAGGAAGGAGACAGAAGAGAUGGACGAUAAAGAGACAGUUAAAAACUAGUGGAAAGUUUAACACAGAAGAAGUGUUUGGAAGAAGACUGUUGUUCGGUUGCGCUUACUUUGCUGUGAAACAUGAGAUAAUUGAUCAGUAAUGAUGAAUAAAUUAAAGUUGAGCAUUGAAA